AUUGGUCUGGUGUGCUCUGUCGAACGGUCGAUCGAAUUUUCCAAGAAAUAGUCGUAUUGCUCGAGUUGUACGUGUGUGCGAAAAAAUAAGGGUUUUUACACUGUUUAAACGUUUCAAACAUAAUUCCGAGAUAAUCGUAUUGUGAACACGGUUUACAGCAGAAAUAACGUCCGGUGUCACACAAAAGGAAUAAUAACAAUAAGCAAAGUUGCUCGUCGAAGAGAACGGUCAGAUAUUAAUACUGCUCGAGUACCUGUACGCUAUCUGCAAGAAAUGCCGUCAUGUUUUUAUUGACGGAGUGAACGAACGGCGAGGCAGAGACAUGGGCGAUUUCCAGAGAACCCGGAGUAAGGUUUGGUUCGUGCCCAACCUGGACGACGACGACGACGACAUGCACCAUUCGUGGCGCCGGCAGCCGUCGUCGUCGCCGGAGAGCAGACGGGUGUCGUCGGGCAGUCCGAGCAACGGCAGUCACAAGUCGCAGGACUCUGGGUUUUCCGACUCCGAGAGCAGUCCGCUGGGCUCGUCCAAAGCCAACGGCGGCGGUGACCACGACCGCCGGACCGCGGACGAGUCGUCCGCGGCGGCCGUCCACCUGUUCGUCGAGAUGCCGGCGGAACCGCAGGCGCAGCAGCAGCACGAACACUGCAACUGUUUUCUGCCGGCCUGCGAGCUGUCCAGGAAGUUCCGGACGUUCAAGCCGGAAGCGUCCUCCGCCGACGUGGCGGCGGCUUCGCCGUUCAAACCUGCCAAACGGUCGGCGGCCGCACCGGAAGAACCGGCGCCGGCGCCUCACACGCCGAACCGGACGUGUUUCAUCGUGGACGAGUUACCGAAAAACGGCGCGACCGCCGGCUGCAAUGUCCCGUCGACGCCGAGCUCGGCGAAAAGCUUCGACGGCAAUUUCGACCGGUCGGAAAACGUUACCGUGGUGGAAAACGUCGUGGCCGGCGCCGACCAGCACGACGAUCUCAUCAUCGAACCGCCCACGCCGUUUGUCGAUCGGCUGCGGAGGGACAGCAGCUGUAGCGAAGACGGCGAGGGCGAAGGCCUCAGCGACGCGGAAAGGCCGGCCACACCGGAGCACACGUCCACCCCGAAAUCGACCAAAGGCAGAUGUUGCACGCCCAGGCUGCAUUGCAAGAGACAAUUGCUGCAGCUGAAGAAACCGAAAACCCAACACAACGACAGUUACGCGAGAGUGAAUCGCGAAAACGAAGUGCCGGUCGGCCAAUGGCUGAACGAAUUGAGAUUUAGAUGCGAACCCGAAUGCAUGACCGCUUUGCAAUCGAAAUCCAUAGCACCGUCAGAAGACGCUUGUCGCCUGUCCACGUUCAUUUGCACGGACUCGGAAGUAGUGCGAGAACUUUACCAACGUACCAAAAUCAUAUCCGACGAAUUCAAAAAAGUCUACAGCGAUUUGAAUUGCUGCCGACAAGACAGCUUCGGUCCGUCCGUGCUGAUGUUGACCACGCUGCUGUUGGACUUUGUGUGCGAUCACGAAAACGAGCUGUCGGGACAAGGACAGGAGUUGUGCAUGGACUUGGUGGACGUGACCGAGAGACUGCGGAUCCACGCCAACCGCCGUCUUGGAAACAGGAAAAUCAUCUUGAACGACGUGUCGGCUCUGGGGCAAAUAUUCAGCGAGCUCGUGGACGCGCUGUUGACCAAGAAAGUGCAGCACUUGAUAGACAUCCUGGAAGAACCGAGCACCGACGUGGAGCUCGUCAAAGCCAUGUCCAGUAUCAACAGUCUGGGGUUGGACAGCGUUCACCUGGGCAGUCUGGUGACCAAAUGCAACGGGAUCCGGGCGCUGUUGACCGUCUGCAUAGAGGCCGCGUCCGGCACGGUCAGGUCAGCAGCUAUGCGCACGUUAGCCAUGGUCUGCUGCUCGGCCGACAGCGUCAGGCAAUUCGAAAAGGCCGGUGGCGUGGAAAUCCUAGCCGACGUGUUGAGCAGCAAGAACCGUUUGGAAAAAGAGCUCGCCGACGCCGUAUCGGUACUGGCUCAGAUCACGGCCCCUUGGAUCGAAGACAACCACGUGGUCGACGGCCUAACCGGACAUUUGCACACCGUCGUUUCGUCGUUGACCUGUCUGAUAGAGACGACUAAAUCCAUGGAAACGCUGCUGCUGUCGGCCGCGGCCCUCGCCAACAUAACCAUCAUGGAGACGAGCGCCGUCUGGACCAUCUUGAACAUGGGCACGGCCGGGUCGCUGAUCGAAGCCGUCCGGAAGUGUGGCACGCGUGCUUCGGUGUUCCUACAGGAGCAGACGGCCACGCUGUUGGCCAACAUGGCGGCUGUGCCCGAGACUUGGCCUCAUAUGGCCGAAAACCACGCGGUCGUGGCGUUGCUGUGCUUCCUGCAAGUCAGGCACUCGCCGCUGCAACGCGUUCCCGAGAUAUUGGCCGCCGAAAGGCUUCAGCACAAGACCGCCAUAGCCUUGUCCAGAUUGUGCAGCGACGUCCAAGUGUCGAAACAAGUGGUCGAGUUGGAAGGGGUCAACCGUUUGGUGAGGUUGUGCAAAGAAGAACGCGAGCGCAAUCACAGCGAUGGAGUCCUAGUGGCUUGUCUGGCUUCGCUGAGGAAACUUGCUGCCAACUGUGGAAAAGAAGUGAUAAACCAGUACGACGCCGCCGAGCUGGUGGAGCCAAGACUGUUGGACUCGUUUCUUUUGUACUCGUCGAAACAAGAGAGCUACGUUUAAGUAGUAUGAUACAAUGGCAAAAGCAAAUCAAAAAUGUACCUCUAUGUUGUAUCGCCAAACCUGCUCCCCCCGAACGUACAUAGAAAAUAUUAUUACAUAUUUAGAGGAUUGUUACACUUAAGGAUGUGUUCGUUCAUGUAGAAAAUAAUCUACAUGAUAUUUUUGAGUAUUAUAACUAUAAAUAUAUAUUUUUUUUUAUCUAGUCCAAGUAUGAUAUUAUAAUUACUACGCUCGUGUUAAGUGCCAACGUUAAUGUAUAUUAAACUAUUAGAUGUAUAUCAUAUAUUUUUAUAAAAUUAAAUUCAAACUUUUUACAGUUGGAUAAUAUUAUCAUUCGUGUACACAUUGAGUUAAGAAGCCGCAUUAGCCAGAGUGACUCUGUAAUAUUUUUCAUUUUUUUUUUUUUUUAUAUAUAAUUAGGUAUUUAUAUAUUUUAUCGACUGCUACCUUAUACAAACCUGAUGUGUUUAGGAUUGCCUAUAUAAAAAAAAAAAAAAAAAAUGUUUCCUAAUUAUUAUUAAGCGUUGUCCGCUCGGUUAAACUUGCUCAAUAAUAACGAUAAAAUUAAUUAUUGUAAUAAUCAUUAGUAUUAAUCAACGUUUUUUUGCUGAUUUAAAUA